UCGAGUGCAAGUGCAAGUGCCUUAGACAGCCAUGUUCCUGCUAGAGACGACACCGGCGCUGAAGCUAGCACGGAAGACACCAGUCGAGCCGAUUCGAGUGCAAGUGCAAGUGCCUUAGACAGCAGCCAUGUUCCUGCUAGAGACGACACCGGCGCUGAAGCUAGCACGGAAAACACCAGUCGAGCCGAAUCGAGCGCACGUGCCUGGGCCAGUGAAGAUGAGCCAUUGUUGACAGAAUCCGAGCAAGACCAAGCAUGGGCAGAUAUGGAAAGCAAGCAGGACCGAAACCGGGAGCUGGAGCGAAUUGGAAUGGGUGGAGAUCCUAGUCCAUGCUCAGAGCAACGAAAGCAAAGGCUAUUGGAACUCUACGAAAAUAUGCACAGUAAAAAAUGGAAAGAUGUUCCCCUCCCAGGGUUUUGUUAUUGCUAUUUUACAAGUCCGAAAUUGGUUUGGAUGGUAAUGCCGGGAUCACUUGCUCAGGUCAAGUGGAAUGCUCAAACGUCCAUGUGGAAAGUUCGCUUCCAUGGUGAAGAUGGCAACAUUGCUGAACACUCGGUGAGCGAUAGGAUGAUGGACCAAUUUUUGACUGACAGAGGCUACCGCAUGCUGAAUGAGAGCGAAGUCAAGAAGCCAGGUGGUUGGAAGAACAUUCCACCAAAGUACCAGCAACUGUAUGUGGAGACUUUGACUUACACUGAGUCAAGACCAAGAGCUGAUGGAGGCGUGGAGAUGAAAGACCCGGUGGCCAAUGUAUGUGUGUCCUAUGAUGCCCAAGAUGACUUUUGCUUCAAUGCACGGUGGAAAGAAGCUGGCGAAGCAGGCAAGAUGUUCGCCAAAGAGCAAAAGAAUGAAUUCAACAGUCGUCGCGAUGCCAAGGAUACUGUCUUUCGCCGGAUGCGGAUCGGAUGUGCUGGGCCUUCAGAAGAUUCGAAGUUUGACUAUUUCGAGGGACCGACUGGUGACAAAGUGGAGCUCACAUUCAAACAGGCACCAGGGACACUGACAUGCAUAUCUUCGGCCAUGUCUUCCGCAGCGAAAUUCAUGGGAUACAAGGUAAAAGCACAUGAACUCAACAACCGGCUAAACGAGGAGCUCCGCAAAUCGAAGCAGGCAUGUGGUGAUCAAUAUGUGAAAUCUUUGGAUGAAUAUGUCAACAAAUGUGAGGGUAUCAUCUGUCAAACACUGGUGCGCAAGCCAGUUGAUGCUUUGAAGUCCUUCAAUCCACUGACUUAUGAUGGUGAUGAUCCUGUCUUAGUCAAACUCAAGAUUAAAGACAGUGAGCAUGUUGUUGUAUUCUGCAAAGGCCUUUUGUUUGAACCUUCCUUGCCCUAUGCUCUUGCAGCAUCACAGAAGAACCUUGAUUGGCUUUGCAAUGAUCACUUCAAGGGCUUUGAAUGGGCAACAAAGUACACGGAAACUACCAAGAGGAAGCAGAAGCAGAAUGCCAGGGGAAGGCAGAAGAAGAAGAAGCAGAAGAAGAACUACUAA